AUGGAGAAUUUUCAAGGAUUGAAGUUUGGAUCGAAGGUACAAGGAGGAGGAAGCAAUGCUUAUGGAAAGGACGAUGGGAUCCAAGUUAAGUUUGACACAACCGAAGAUGAAAAUUUUGUUUAUGCAACAUACGAACAUAUAGAAAUGGAAGUGGAAAAGGAUACUAAUAAGAGUAGUAGCAAUUGUGCUGGAAGUAAUGGUGGAUGUAUUUCUUCCAUGUCUUGCAAGAAAGUAAAAACAAAUUAUGAAAUAAUGGUAGAGAAAAUAAAAGAGAAGAAAUUAGGAGUUUUACUUAUUGGUAUUGGUGGAAAUAAUGCAACUACCAUGUUAGGUGGAAUAUGUGCAAAUGCCAAAAAAUUAACUUAUUUAAAUAAGUAUGAGAUGAAAAAAGCUAAUUAUUUGGGAAGUGUUUUUUUAUCAUCAAAUAUGAGGCUAGGAUAUGAUUUAAAAAAUAAGGAGCAUACGUACUGUCCCAUACACAAAUUAAUCGAAGUUUAUAAUCCUGAAAACAUUACAUUUGGUGGUUGGGAUAUUAACAAUUUAAAUUUGAAAGAUUGUUUAAUUCGAAAUAAAGUUUUUGAACAUGAUUUAAUUGAAAAAAUUAAGGAUGAUAUGAAUUAUGUACCAUUAAAAAGUGUAUAUUUUAAAGGAAAUUUUAUUGCGGCAAAUCAACAAAAAAGAGUUAAUAACAUACUUACUGGAAAUAACAAAUUGGAAAUUUUAGAAAAAGUAAGAGAUCAAAUUAGGAACUUUAAGAAAACAAAUAAUCUGGAUGAAGUAAUUGUACUGUGGUCAGGAAACACGGAAAAAAAUAUACCACAUAUUGAAGGUGUAAAUGAUACCUAUAGAAAUAUUUUACUUGCAUGCAAAAAUAAUCAUGAAUCUGUAUCCCCAAGUAUUCUUUAUUCUCUAGCUGCUGUGUUGGAGAACUCGCCUUUUAUUAACAGUAGCCCUCAGAACACAUUAGUCAAUGGGGUUGUUCAGCUGGCACAGCAAAAGGGAAUAUUCAUUGUUGGAAAUGACUUGAAGACUGGACAGACCAAAAUUAAAAAUUUCCUCCUCGAUUUUUACUUUAACACAGGCCUGAAGCCCAAGAGCAUAGUCUCGUAUAACCACCUGGGUAACAAUGACGGAAAGAACUUGUCAUCAGAUCUCCAGUUUUACAGCAAAAAAAUUUCCAAAAGUAACUUGAUUUGUGAUUAUGUAAAGGCGAAUGAGCAUAUGUAUAAUAACGAGGAAGAAGAAGCAGCAUUAACAAAUAAACUGAUGGAAGGGCAGAGUAACACUGAUGAUUACUGCAAGGGAGAUAGUUUAUUAUCUACGAGCAGUGAUAUUAAAGACUUGGAGGAAGAUUAUGCAUAUGCUGAAGCAAUUGAGAAACAGAAGGUAAACAGUGAAAUUGUAAUUAAGUAUGUACCAUAUGUAGGUGACGAUAAGAAAGCUAUUGAUGAAUAUAUUAGCGAAAUUUUUAUGAACGGAAAAAAUACAAUUUCCAUGUAUAACGUUUGUCAAGAUUCCCUUUUGGCCUCACCAAUUUUGAUUGAUUUAAUUUUAUUAGUUGAAUUAUCUGAUCGAGUUUAUUUCAAAAUGAAUUCGAAAAGCUCAGGAAUAAGUCCUCUUGGAGACUUAAAAAAUCAGACUGUAGUAGAACCCAUAACUGAUCCAAUUAAUCUCGGUGCAGAUUAUCAGCUAUCACACACUAUAUUAAAAACCAAACAUGCAAAUUUUAACAAAAUGGAAUGUGUUCUUUUCUUGUCUAGUCUUUUCUGCAAGUCUCCAUUCAACUCUAAUAUCUACAAAACAAGGCAUUCGUUCUUUUCACAAUUUGAAAGCUUAUGCAACUUUGUUAGAAUUAUUUGUGGUUUGCCCGUGGAUGAUCACUUGGACUUACCCUAUAUGGUUUGA